AUGGCUACUGUCACGAGUGAUGCCAAAGGAGUUGUCCGUCGUUCGCUGAACAAUUCAAAAACACGAUCUGUUGUCGCGUGCAAUCGGUGCCGCACUCGAAAGACACGAUGCGCUGGAAACCCACCACUUCCGUGUGCUGCCUGCCUCGAUGCAGGAGCGACGUGCUUGUAUUCAGAGGCUGAGAAGCGGCGCUUUAUUACCGAGAAGGAGUAUCGCGAACUGAAGUCGCUCUCUCAUGCUCAGGCAGUGUCUCCAGCCCUAUCUCAACCUCUGCCCCGGUCUCUGGCAAAAGCAAAACGGCAUGGGCAACAAGAAACUCGCCUAGUGCGUGAAUCAUCUCUCAACAAGAGCAAUUUCUAUCGGUCCCCGACUGCGCCGCCUAGUGUGCCGUCCUUGUCCACCGGGGUUUCACAGGGCGAGGAUACAAUCGAGCGAGAUGAUUGGUGGUACGAGGAGACGAAAAAUGUACUCCUCAAUCGAUCAGGCGAGCGUCAUUUCCUAGGACCUUCUGCGGCGACCCAUAUGGUGGAGCGUCUCAAUCCUGGCUCGACAAAUUUGGCCUGGGAUGUCCGACCGCUAUACGAUGAUCCGUCAUUCCUAAGACGACCGAUGGCGCCUGCUUUGCCUGUACUACCCACGAUAGAAUUCGCCAAGCGCCUCUUCUGGGUCCAGUACUCUUAUAUUGGCACCAUAUUUUCCCUGAUCCAUCCCCGGCAAUUUGAAGAACGUCUGUUGUUCGUCUACAACCAACCAACCGAUUUUUCUCGACCCGAAAACUGUCUCAUCUACUGUCAGACCCUACUAGUUAUAGCAUUUGGCCUAAUGUACUCGCUUAAUCAGUGGUCCGGGGAUGAUGGUCCUCCGGGGUUCAAGUAUUUCAAGCAUGCGCUGCAAUUUUUGCCAGAUAUCCACGAGCAAGGCUCCAUCUUCUUUGUGGAAGUCUUGUGCUAUGUUGCCUAUUUCAUGCAAAAUCUCAACAGGCGAGAUGCUGCAUUCAUCUACAUUGGGUUGGCCCUGCGUAUGGCUAUCUCACUAGGUCUCCAUCAAGAGGUCUCUGAUCCUGCAAUCAGUGAGACAGAUCGCAAUCGCCGCCGCAAUGCGUGGUGGUCUGUCUAUAGUUUGGACCGCGUAUUGUCCGUCAGAUCAGGUAACCCCAUCACAAUUCAAGAUGACGAUAUAGGUAUUUCAUGGCCAGCUGCUCUCGAUGGGUCAAUUUGCGAUCCUUGGCCAUCAGUUGUCUUGACCUAUUACACACAAGUGUCUCGAAUUCUUGGAAGAAUUGGCGAGGAGAUUUAUCGGAAAAAACCUCGCUCUGGCUCCAAUCUGGUUCUUUCCGUCCAAAGCAUCAUGAGCGAAUUGACAACUUGGCAAGAAUCUGUUCCGGAGCCCCUUCGGAUUGAUUUCAAUUCAUCACAGCCCCAUGCAAAUCGAGAGACCAUAUCGAUCAAUCUGCACUUCUACUCCUGCGUGAACAUGACAGCUCGGCCUCUAGUCUUUUAUAUCAUCAAGAGGCGUUUGGAUACCGGUAUUCAAAGAACAGCUGCUCGGGAUUGGAAGAACGACCUAGCACCCAAUACUAUUGCGGUGAUUGAGAGCUGUGUCGCUGCUGCUCGAGCCACGACGACGAUCAUGGACGCUGCUGAUAAGCACGGCCUCAUCGCCACCUACGGCUAUCUGGACGGUGACUAUAUUUUUGCUGCUGCACUCUUACUCGUCAUGGUGAAUGCUGCCUUUCCAUACAACGAGGCUAAUGCGCGCUCGAUGGAUACGGCUCUUGACCUUCUCCGGAAAAUGGCUGAUAAAGGCAACGCAUAUCUUGGAUCACGACAUAGUCUUCUCCUCGAACUCAGGGAAGCCAUUGAUCCGAGUUUCGGUACAAACGUUAUUGAAGAAGUCUCGAGGUCCAACCUACAAGUUCCAAGUAUCCCCAACAGUGACCAAACGUCAAAUCCAGAUGGUGAACAUGUCAAUCCUGAGACACCGCUAAUGCCUUCGGAUGAUUGGCCACAUGCUCCCCCAUUUCCAUGGCUUGAGAAUAUCUCAUCCCAGACUGGUCUUGAUACAGCUCUGUGGGAAGGUGCUCUGGAUGAGAUUGAUAUUGAUAUGGAUACAGACUUGAUCGAGAGUACUUUGAGGCGUUAA